CGAGCAGCUACCUCUCCGAUCCGAGGCCUGAGCGAGCGAGCUGAGGACUGCAGCCUAUAUAAUAUCUAGACUAGAGUACACCACAACGACGAGGCACAUAUAUAUACACGCGGCGGCGGCCAGAUCCAUCUUGGUAUACACGUAAUAUAUAUACACGCACGAUGGGCAGCGCCGGCGGCGGUGGCGAGAGCAAGCUGGAGAGCCCGCUGCUGGGCGCGUCGUCGACGGGCCACGGCGAGGCGGUGGUGAGCGGGCAGCUGGAGAGCAUCCUGGGCGACGCGUCCGUGCCGUGGGGGACGCGGAUGGCGUCGGCGUCCGCGGUGGAGAUGCGGCUGCUGGUGCGCCUGGCCGCGCCCGCCGUGCUCGUGUACAUGAUCAACUACCUCAUGUCCAUGUCCACGCAGAUCUUCUCGGGCCACCUCGGCACGCUCGAGCUCGCCGCCGCCUCGCUCGGCAACACCGGCAUCCAGGUCUUCGCCUACGGCCUCAUGCUGGGCAUGGGGAGCGCGGUGGAGACGCUGUGCGGGCAGGCGUACGGGGCGCACAAGUACGACAUGCUGGGCAUCUACCUGCAGCGCUCCACCGUCCUGCUGAUGGCCACGGGGGUGCCGCUGGCGGCGCUGUACGCCUUCUCCCGCCCCGUCCUGGUCCUGCUGGGGGAGUCCCCCGAGAUCGCGUCGGCCGCCGCCGUCUUCGUGUACGGCCUGGUCCCGCAGAUCUUCGCGUACGCCGCCAACUUCCCCAUCCAGAAGUUCAUGCAGGCGCAGAGCAUCAUGGGGCCCAGCGCCUACAUCUCCGCCGCCGCGCUCGCCGCCCACCUCGCCCUCAGCUACCUCGUCGUCUACCGCCUCGGCCUCGGCCUCCUCGGCGCCUCGCUCACGCUCAGCGCCAGCUGGUGGGCCAUCGUCGCCGCCCAGUUCGCAUACAUCGUCACCAGCAGCCGCUGCCGCCUCACCUGGAGGGGCUUCUCGUGGCAGGCCUUCUCCGGCCUGCCCAGCUUCUUCAGGCUCUCCCUCGCAUCCGCCGUCAUGCUCUGCCUCGAGACCUGGUACUUCCAGAUUCUCGUGCUCAUCGCAGGCCUCCUCAAGGACCCCGAGCUUGCCUUGGCCUCACUCUCUGUCUGCAUGACAAUUUCAGGGUGGGUGUUCAUGAUCUCCGUUGGGUUCAAUGCAGCAGCCAGCGUAAGAGUGAGCAACGAGCUCGGCGCCGGCAACCCAAGGGCGGCGGCGUUCUCCGUGGUGGUAGUGACGCUGCUCUCCUUCGUCCUGUCGGUCCUCGUCUCCGCCGUCAUCCUGCUGUGCCGGGACUACAUCAGCUACAUCUUCACCGAGGGUGAGGACGUGUCGCAGGCGGUCUCCCGGCUCACCCCGCUGCUGGCGUUCACGCUCAUCCUCAACGGCAUCCAGCUCCAGCCCGUCCUCUCUGGGGUCGCUGUGGGGUGUGGAUGGCAGGCGUUCGUCGCGUACGUCAACGUCGGCUGCUACUACAUCGUCGGCAUCCCGCUCGGGUGCCUCCUAGGCUUCUACUUUGACCUAGGAGCAGCGGGUAUUUGGAGCGGUAUGAUCGGCGGCACCUUGAUGCAGACCUUGAUCUUGAUAUGGGUUACAUUCAGGACCAACUGGAACAAAGAGGUUGAAGAAGCACAGAAGAGGUUAAACAAAUGGGACGACGGCAAGGCUCCUCUGCUGUCAGCGCAAGAAUGAAACAACUCGUCUCUCUGGUGCCCAACCAAAGAACAACGAGACGUGGAUAUGACCUGUACGGAACUAGGGACGCCCCUCGGCAGGCUCAGCGGAGACGUCGACGUAGUUUGAUAUCAAGUAGCAAUUCCACCAUGUCCUGAAAUGGACAGAACCAGGCCAAAUGCCUGGAAUGGACAGAACCAGAUGGCUGAUGAAAUUCUACGUACAUUCCAUCCGGUCCAAUAUAUAAUUCGUUUCACUUUUUUAUAUUAAGUUUGACCGACUCAUCUCAUUAAAAAAUAUAAUUGUUAUUAACUUUUACUA